AUGUCACUCACCCAGACCUUGCACCCUGCCUCGCCCGCAUGUCACUCACCCAGACCUUGCACCCUGUCGCCCGCAUGUCACUCCCCAGACCUUGCACCCUGUCUCGCCCGCAUGUCACUCACCCAGACCUUGCACCCUGCCUCGCCCGCAUGUCACCACCAGAACCUGCACCCUGCCUCGCCCGCAUGUCACUCGCCCAGAACCUGCACCCUGCCUCGCCCGCAUGUCACUCGCCCAGAACCUGCACCCUGCCUCGCCCGCAUGUCACUCGCCCAGAACCUGCACCCUGCCUCGCCCGCAUGUCACUCACCCAGACCCUGCACCCUGCCUCGCCCGCAUGUCACUCACCCAGAACCUGCACCCUGCCUCGCCCGCAUGUCACUCACCCAGAACGUGCACCCUGCCUCGCCCGCAUGUCACUCUCCCAGACCUUGCACCCUGCCUCGCCCGCAUGUCAGUCACCCAGAACCUGCACCCUGCCUCGCCCGCAUGUCACUCGCCCAGAACCUGUACCCUGCCUCGCCCGCAUGUCACUCACCCAGAACCUGCACCCUGCCUUGCCCGCAUGUCACUCACCCAGAACCUGCACCCUGCCUCGCCCGCAUGUCACUCACCCAGAACCUGCACCCUGCCUUGCCCGCAUGUCACUCACCCAGAACCUGCACCCUGCCUCGCCCGCAUGUCACUCGCCCAGACCCUGCACCCUGCCUCGCCCGCAUGUCACUCGCCCACCUUUUCUCAACUUUGGCAUCAGGGGAUUUUUGA